GACCUCUAAUCAUGUGCACUCACCCAUCUCCUUCCCCUGACACACAAACACACAUCGGAGACAAACAUUCCGUCGUCCCUUGAGUGUUCCACAGAUAAUCUGUUCAGCAUUAAUCUUAUCUAUUUCAAACAGACCUUGCCAUUUUUAGACAAAAUCAUAAACUCGUCGACAGUGACUUUGGCAGGACCCAACGUUUCUCCCUUCCAUGUCGAUGGUGGUUACUGUGUGGUGUCCUUUCACGAUAACAAGAUUGCGUUACAAGGGGGAGCCAUUGCAACUCUUUCGUGUCCUUUGCAGAAGUGAAAUAAUCUCUAAAUAGUCUCAGGCUUUCGGUUGUAAAGUAUCACAUGAAGAUGGACGGAGACGAAGGGCAGUCACACCCGAUGAUUAAUGGUGUCAGCAAGGACAGUCAACAGGAGAGGCUUGAUCACAGGAGAAGGUGGCUCCACACCAUCGUCUUGUAUUGGGGAUUCAUAGCGAUGGGCUGGGUGUACGGACAGCGUGGUGCCGCCUUUCUUGACCUCCUGCUGGUGACAGACAUGGACGUGGCACUCGGGUCGCUGCUGUUCACCCUGGCUGCAGUCGCCUCCAUGAUGGGGGCCCUGGUUGGGGGCUUCGUCAUCGAUAAGGUGGGGCGUCCUCUGCUGCAGAUGGCAUGCGGCAUGUUUGUGAACGCACUGCUGCUGCCCCUCAUACCUCUCUGCACUCAAUUCUACCUCAUGGCGGCGCUCUUCUUCGCUUCCAGCCUGGGCCUCAUUGUAUUUGAUAUAGCCACAAACUUAGUGAUGGCAAAUCUAUGGAAAGGCAAGCAGGGGCACACAUUCAUGCAGGGCCUGCACUUCUGUUUUGCAUUUGGCGCCAUUUUGGCGCCCUUGGCAACGGAACCCUUCCUAGCGAGCCGCAAUCAGGACACGAGCUUCCUCUCCUCCAUCGAAAACCGGACUUGCGACGACGGUAUCCUGCAGACGACUGGACCACACCCUCAGGAUGAUCUGGAAAUGUCGAAUGUCACUUUGCCCAACUACACCAAUGGCGCCAACGAGAGCCUCCGAGCAGACGCCGCCGAGACCCAAGUCUUUUACGCUUUCCUGCAGUCCUCUGUCUUCUGCAUGUCGAGCGUGUUGCUGUCGCUGCUGCUACUCUUGUUCCCCGUCACAGCUGUCGCAACAGCAAAUUCGAAAACAAGUUCUCACGCACCCAUCGAGCGUGACGUGACCGCCACCCGCCCCCUGACCCUGGUCGCACGUGUGCUGGUGGCCAUGUUCUACAUGUUCGGCGUCACCGUCGGCUUCUACGACUUCCUCAUGCCCUUCGUGGUUCGAGAGCUGAACUGGGACAAGGCGUCCGGGGCCCGCCUUCUUGCCGUCUUCUGGAUGGGGUUCGCCGCCAUGAGACUAGGUGGCGUUGUCGUUGUGCGUUUGUUCUCCCCUAGCACCAUCAUCUUCACCUGCCUGGCCAUCGUGAUGACGUCACUCCUCGGCCUGCUGGCUGCGUCCUUGCAUCACUUGGACUGGGCCGUCUGGGCCACGGCCUGCACGGUGGGACUGUCGUCUGCUAUGCUCUUUCCCACCGGGAUUAUCUACGCUGGUGAAAGGAUAGGCCCGCUGACGGGACGUCUCAUGUCCAUCUUUUUUAUUGCCGCCUUGGUAACAACUAUAAUGAACUCGCAGCUCCUACCUCAGCUCAUGCAGCGGUACGACAACAAAUGGUACCUGUACAUCAUCAUCAUACAGCAAGGCGUGGGAAUCGCCAGCUUUGUCUCGCUUCACAUGGUGACAAUGCGGUUGAAGAAAGCUAACCCUUCACUGCAUGAUCGUGAAAUAAAUAUCGAUAAGCCUUGUGACAAGAAGGACACGUCGAAAAAUGGAGAGACUACUUUGGUGAAACUGCUUUAAGUGCCUGAAAGAAUCGGUUUUGCUAAGUAAAUAAUUUAAAACUCACAUGCCAAAUGUGAUUUGAGUGUGUGUGCAUGUGUGCGUG